CUCGUUUCUGGACCAAAUCUCCGCGCAGCUCCGUAUCGUGUCCCGGUUCCGCCGGGCUCACCCAUCCGCCGGGGUCCGGCUCCGCUCCCGGCAUCGCUCCGGGGCGGUGCAGCGCCCCCCGCCCGGGACCCCCGCCCCGGAGAGGGGCGGGCAGGGCGACUACAAGCCCCAGGCUGCCCGGCCGGGGGCAGGGCAGCAGCGACGUGGCUCGGCCCCGCUGCGGCCGCCGGCCCCGCUCCGCCCGCUGCGCUGCCGGGGCUCGGCCCCGCCAUGGGUCGUGCACUGCUUGUCCUCCUCUUGUCCGGAACAGUGUCUCUCCUGGGCGGGCUGAUAUUUGGGUAUGAGCUGGGGAUAAUCUCUGGAGCACUGCUGCAGCUGCAGGCAGACUUUCAGCUCAGCUGCUUCAAGCAAGAAGUUCUGGUGAGCGCCGUCCUCAUCGGAGCGCUCCUCGCCUCCCUGGCUGGGGGGAUCCUCAUCGACCGCCACGGCCGGAGGAGAGCAAUCCUGGUCAGCAACCUGCUCCUCCUGCUGGGCAGCCUCAUCCUCACACUGGCCAGGUCACUCACCGUGCUGGUCAUUGGGCGCAUGACCGUGGGCUUUGCCAUCUCUCUCUCAUCCAUGGCCUGCUGCAUCUACGUCUCAGAAAUGGUGGCUGCUCACCAGCGAGGGCUGCUGGUGUCUCUCUACGAAGCUGGAAUCACCGUGGGCAUCCUGCUGUCCUAUGCACUGAAUUACGUCUUUGCAGACGUGGAUGAGGGGUGGAGGUACAUGUUUGGACUGGCCAUUGCCCCGACGGCCAUGCAGUUCCUCAGCAUCCUCUUUCUCCCAGUGAACCCUGUGAAAUUAGGCUCGUGGGACUCAGACUGCCAGAAGGGCCUCAUCCCAUUGCAGGACACAGAGGACAGAGCAGCAGCAAAGCGGGAGUCCUAUCAGGAGAAGCAUUACUCAUUUCUUGAUCUUUUUAGGACCAGAGACAACAUGAGGAGGCGGACUCUGGUGGGCCUGGGGCUGGUGCUCUUCCAGCAGUUCACUGGGCAGCCCAAUGUGCUGGGCUAUGCCUCCAAAAUCUUCCACUCCGUGGGGUUCCAGAGCAACUCCUCGGCGAUCCUGGCCUCAGUUGGGCUGGGAGCAAUAAAGGUGGUGGCCACGCUGGUGGCCAUGGCCUUGGCAGACAAGGCGGGCAGGAGAGUGCUGCUCAUGGCUGGCUGCGUGGUGAUGGCCAUCUCUGUCACCACCAUCGGCCUCAGCAGCCGCGUGGCUCCGCUGGCCGUGGCCCGGGACUGCAGAGCAGCCGCAGGCCCCAACGCAUCCCUCAGCCUCAGCCAGCACCCCCUGACCCCUGUGCUCCCCCAGGCUGCUGUGUCACCCGUCCCACCAGCAUCAGGUGCUGCCAAAAGCCAGGCAGGCCCUGGUUUUGCUGCCACGGGGAGCCUGACGGAAGUUUUUGCCAGCGCUCAAAGCAAAGUUGUUCCUAAUCCUUCCCUCACUCAGCAAAGGGACUUGGCAGGUCAGUCCAGGAAAGGAGCACUGGAAAGCACGGGCCCUCCCCUCGGUGCUGCUCCCUGGGCACAACAUACGGUCUUAAAUUGGAUUACACUGCUGAGCAUGAUGGCUUUUGUGAGUGCCUUCUCAAUUGGAUUUGGGCCAAUGACCUGGCUGGUCCUGAGUGAGAUUUACCCUGCUGGGAUAAGAGGAAGAGCCUUUGCCUUCUGUAACAGCUUUAACUGGGCUGCUAAUUUACUGAUCAGCCUCUCCUUCCUGGACCUCAUUGAUGCCAUUGGGUUCUCUUGGAUGUUUCUUCUCUAUGGGCUGAUGGGAGUGAUGGCUGUUAUAUUCAUUUACCUCUUUGUGCCGGAGACAAAAGGACAGUCCCUGGAGGAGAUAGACCAGCAGUUCUCCAGGAAAAGCAGGGUGUGGGAAGGAAAUGUGUUCAAGCAGAGACGUGGAAGAGGAGCCAGCUGCACACAUGCACUGUACCAGAGAGUGGAGCACGCCAGCAGCACAUGAAACCAGCAACCUGCCCACAGCAUCGUGUGUGAGGAGCUCCACCAGCAGAGGAGCAGGCUGGGCCAUCAGGACACUUCUUCUCUGGGGCCUUGAGCUGGUGACCUCUGGUCAGUGACAGUUCUCCCUGCAGUGCCUUGGAUCUGGGAACACGCCAGCAGCAUGUCCUUUGGGUCCUUGGAGAACCUCUAUUCCCAGGCAGAGAAUACAUCCUUCCUUUGAUACCUUUUAAUUUUUCGUCAUUUGUGACUCCUAGCAUAUAAGAGACUAAUGGUUUUAUACGCAGGAAUUAAAGCACGGGCUUUGCUGACAAUUUCUCCGUCCCUGAGGCUCGUUUGUGAGCAGGGUGUGUUAUUCUCCAGCUCUCGGGAGCCCCGGGCCGGGGCCGGGGAGGGCGCAGCGCAGCGCCCCGGCCCUGCCGGCAGUGGGCGGCCGGCACCGCCCGCUCGGGGCUCCGCGCUCAGACCCCGCAG